AUGGACAGAAAACGUGAAAAGCCCCCGAACGGGAAUUCCCAAACAAACCAUCCGGCGAAAGAGGUGCGCGACGCGUCGAGUCCGCCGCGAGCGGGAGUUCCUUCGAUUCCGCCCGUCCGUUCAGCAUGGCGAGCUGUGUCCGGUGUUCCACCGGCCGCUGUGCCUUCGGCGCAGAAAAAGUUGAGGCGAGGAGCGCCGGUCGACACUUCCGGGAGUUCCACUGCUUCGCCUGCUUCGCGCACACCUCUUUCCGAAAAAGGCGUCUCUUCGGGCCAGUCUUCGAAGCCCUGUUACCUCCUCGGCCUCGACACGAACCUGCUGCUGAGCCUGCUGAGCCUGCUGUCGCCGCGCGAGCAGCUCCAGUGCGUCCUGCCCCUGUGUCGGACACUGUAUCUGUCCCUGUCUUCCCUCCCCUUCGUGCGCACCCUCGUUCUUCAGCACGCCAGCGCCUUUGCCUCCUUCUUCGCCCCAGAUCGGCCGCUCGCGAUGGCUAGAAAGUGCUGCCCGAGCUGCUGUCGAAUUUGUUGCUUCGCCGUCGCUUCGCAUGCGGACGACUCCCGCUCGCCUCAAACAGAAGACUGCGGGCAAACUCACUCCUUCAGAGACUCUCGCGGCACAGACACGCGCGAAUCCGCUCGUGAGAACUGCGGCACAGUCGACUCACAGGCAGAUCCUCUGGACCUUCCAGCGUGCAGGGGCCAGGACUCGGCCGCGUCAUGUUCCGCUCGGUCGCCUACCGCUUCGGGGUUCCCCUCGGCGGCUUCCGUGUCCAAGCGGUCCUCGUCGCCUGCCUCGCGCGGCAGUGUCUUCAUCGACGUGCCCGUCUCCUCUCCGCUGUUCCUGUUUUUCCUUCACAUGAGGAAGUAUUCUCAGCUGGAAGUUGUCGACGUUUGCAUCCCUGGAAGCGUCGCCCCCUCGCCGCUCCUCUGCCUCCUCCUCCUGCGGUCCGCACCCACCCUUCGCCGCCUCACCGUUCGCGGCCUCGACGAAGGCAGCAUCUCGUGGCGGAUGAGCCGCGCGCCUCUCGAGCGCGCAGUCUGCCGGCCCCUCCAGGCGCUCAGCGACGCCGGGGCAGUCUCUCACUCGGCUCCAAAGACGCCGGUCUACUGGCCUUGCAGCUGCCGGCGACCCGCAGCGGAGUCGCCCGAACCCGGCUGCGCACCCCCGAGCAACGAUGAGAAAGACUCUGCUCCGAUCGCCUGUGGCCUUGAGGCAGCCGAUGCCGCCGGCGCAGACCUGCCUGGAGGCAACACCGUGGACGGAGCGACGCCGGGGUGUUGCCCGCCAAACGGAAGAAGCGGGGCAACUGCGGACUCUUCCUGGCGUCAGGUGUCCGACGCGUUGACUCCAUCUUUUCCCUGCUCGGUCUCUGCGGACUCUGCCUCGGCUCCUGCCUCUUCGCUCUUGCGUCUCUCUUCUGCGGGUUCGCCUUCGCCGGCGGCCCACGCAGACGCUCCCCGCGUGCGCCCUGCCGUUGCGGCCCCGCCGCGGAGACAGCCCGCCAGGGGCUGCGGCUCGUGCGAGUCGGUCGCCGUCUCUGCGCACCUGCUGGCGAGCCUCCAAGGCGACGCGUCGCGAUGGCAAGACCUCUGGUUCCCCACGUGUCCUCUUUCGCGCCUUCUCGCAGACGCGGUCCGCCUCGACACGCUGGAACUGGACGUCAGCCGGCGGCGGGGCAUGUUCGCAACUCUUCCGCUGGCCAUGGUGUCUCUGCGCGCCGACAGCCUCGGGAACCACGCCCUGGCGCACCUGCGCGUGCUCGAGGUGUGCAACGCCACGCCCCGCAGCUUCAAAUGCGGCGCUAUCUCUCUCCCGAGUUUGCGGAGCCUGCGUCUGCACUUCGCUGAGGUGGCGGCAGACGACGCCCACGAUCUCGGCUGUUUGCUUCAAGGCUGCCCGCAACUGGAAAGCCUGGCGGUACACACCGACAGCGACGAUGACCAGAUGAUCUUCCUCAAUCGGCUCUUGAUCAAGUCUCUCCGACACCUGGCCGGAGAAGACCCGAACGCUGGAUCGGCACGAAGCGCGCGAGGCGCUGGCCAUGCCGCUGCAGGGAGUGAGGCUUCUGGUCGAGCAUCGCGCCGUCCACAGGCGGCAUCUUCAGCCGUCCCUGACGGAGGCCCUCGUGGCGAGCGAGCUCUCCCGUCAGACGAUCAGCAGCACCGGAACAGCCCCUCCACAGAGCGGUGCCAGUCAGCGCUGCCGCGUCUCCAGACCUUCCAGAUGAUGCUUCUGGAUCUCCGAGUCAUCACUCUCCUGGCCAGAGUCGCUCCAGCGCUUCGCGUGCUGCGCCUGACUGAAGUGGAAAGCUUUCGAUCUCGCGAGGGCCGGACGGUGCUUAUGGAAGCAGUCCGGCGGCUCGGCCACUUGCACAGACUCGAGUUUUUCGGUUUUCGUCUCGAAGCUGAAGGGAAACUCGAACUGGAAGCUCUCCUUGCUGCAGAAGCCGAAGCUCGUGGCUGGGGGCCAGCCGCCUUGACCCUAGGACAUGGCUCCUCAGUUGCGCACGAAUUUUUCAUUCCGUGCAUGUAA